AGACACCCAACCAAAAAGCUCUCUCCCCCCCACUCUCCGCCUACCGAGCAUAGUCCUUCCCCGUCAAUGGCGUCUGUACUGAACACAGUCUCGUCGAUAAGAUUAUCGAAUAUCAAGACAAACCCACUUCGUAUUCCGCCGAUUCUCGCACCAAUUUCUCUCUCUACUCGUCGGAGGCUUACGGUCAGGGCAACAGAGACAGAAGCUAACGAAGCAGUUAACGCUCAAGCUCCAGAUAAGGCCCCUGUUGGGGGUGGUUCGAGCUUUAAUCAGCUUCUUGGCAUCAAAGGAGCCAAGCAAGAGUCGGAUAAGUGGAAGAUUCGUCUUCAACUUACAAAGCCUGUUACUUGGCCUCCAUUGGUUUGGGGAGUGGUCUGUGGAGCUGCUGCUUCUGGAAACUUCCACUGGAAUUUGGAAGAUGUUGCCAAAUCAAUUGUUUGCAUGAUGAUGUCUGGCCCAUGUCUAACUGGCUAUACACAGACGCUCAAUGAUUGGUAUGACAGAGAGAUUGACGCUAUUAACGAACCUUAUCGUCCAAUCCCUUCUGGGGCAAUAUCUGAGAACGAGGUGAUUACUCAAAUCUGGGUGCUGCUUUUAGCAGGCCUCGGGUUGGCUGGCUUAUUAGAUGUGUGGGCAGGGCAUAACUCUCCUGUAAUAUUUUACCUUGCUCUGGGCGGAUCCUUACUGUCUUACAUAUAUUCGGCUCCACCUUUAAAGCUCAAACAAAAUGGAUGGAUUGGCAAUUUUGCACUAGGAGCAAGCUAUAUCAGUUUGCCAUGGUGGGCUGGUCAAGCUUUGUUUGGGACUCUUACGCCUGACAUAAUUGUUCUCACUCUCUUGUACAGCAUAGCCGGGCUGGGUAUCGCCAUCGUAAAUGACUUUAAAAGUGUUGAAGGGGAUAGAGCACUUGGACUUCAGUCACUUCCAGUAGCAUUUGGCUCUGAGACUGCUAAAUGGAUUUGUGUUGGUGCUAUUGACGUUACUCAACUCUCUGUGGCUGGUUACCUUCUAGGAGCUGGCAAACCAUAUUAUGCCUUAGCUCUUCUAGGUUUAAUCAUUCCACAAGUCUUUUUCCAGUUCAAGUACUUCCUCAAAGACCCAGUUAAAUAUGAUGUCAAAUAUCAGGCCAGUGCACAGCCAUUUCUGAUACUCGGUCUCCUAGUCACUGCUUUAGCAACUAGCCAUUGAUCUUCAUGUGGGAUUGAUUAUAUAGCAGAAGAAUAAGAACCAGAGACGCAGCAGAAGAGCACAGGUGAUGAUGAUGAUGAUGAUAGCCAUUGAUCUUCAUUGUUGCCAAUCUCCAAUAGGUACAGUUCCUCACGACCAUGUAACAUGCAAAAUGCGUCAUAAUUUAAUCCUCUUUUCGAGCAUGUCAAUACAACAAUCCACUGUAGGCAGGAGUGUGUAAUAUUUUCUACCCCUUUUUGUUUUGUUUUGUUUUUUUUUUUUGUUUUUUCCCUUUUGGAACUUCAAUGUAACUUUGUAGAUGCUUAAUUACUCUCCCCCUAUCUAAAGCUUUUGCUCUCUCAUUCCAAAUUGUUAGGAUUGUAUGAAUUUAAUUUUGAGAUUAAUUUUGUGGACAAAUAGUUUUUUUGUGAGAGCCAUGAUAUAUUGUUUUCUUGAAAA